CAGGAGACAGUCAGUCCGCAUUUACCCGCUUGCAGCAGGAGUAUGUGGCACUUGAUGAGGAGCGACGAAACCUCCAGAACACUCUUCACUCUGAGCAAGACAGACGACAACAACUUGCUGAUGAUCUAGCUAAGGUGCAAGAAAAACUUGAACACGCUCAGAAAACUUUGCAAGAAAAGAAUGGACAAAUGCUGCAGCUACAGAUGUCACUGGAUGAGAAGGAGGCUGACCUUCUCAAGGCAGAAGACAAAAUCGAACAAAAAUCAGCUGAGCUGGCCAGCUACAGACAGAUUUGGAUGCUACAAAAUCUGCCAUGAAGGAGAAGCUUGGUGCCCUGGAAAGCUACAGAAAAACUUUGGAGAGUCUCGAACAGAGUCUCAGCAACAGAUGGAGCUUAGAGACCAGGAGCUUACUCAACUUAAAGUAGACUUUGAGAAGGUACAAGCAUUACUGGAGACAAAAGAAAGCCAGAUCAAUGACCUUGAACAUCAGAUCACUAUCCUCAUCAGACAGACAGAAGAAGAGAGCAGAGCAAAUGAUGAACUGAAAGGUACACUGAGGGAGAAAGAGGGACAGCUUGACUCUGAAUCCCGUAAAAAUGUCUUUAAUGAACAAAAAUUGGCAGAGCUUGAAAAAGAUCUGGAUGUGAGCAAAAGUGAACAGAGGCGACUCGAGGAGGAAAGGACACAGCUGAUUGCAAAGAUAGAUGCAGGAGAAGGGGUCAGUGCAGCCAUGGACCAGCUGAGGCAGGACAAUGCCAGCUUACAGGAAAAGAUGGCAAGCAUGCAGAAGACAAUGCAGAUGCAGGCCAGUGAAAGUUCAACAAAGAUGGAGUCACUACACACACAGCUGCAAGAGUUUAAGAGACUGCAACAAGAUGCUGAGGCCAAGUGCAUAAAGCUGCAGGCAGCUCUUGAUGACAAAGCUGAGAAGUUGAAUUCUACUCAACAAAAACUUCAGGCUCUGGAGGCAGAGAUGAACACCAAAAGUGAGCUACUGCGCACAGCAGAGGUCACUCAAGCCAGACAACGGCGGGAUCUAGAGAACCACCUGACAACAGCACAGACAGCAGCUGAGCAGGCACGCACUGAACUGGAGACAUCAAGACAGCAGCUGGAGCAGGCCAAGGCUGACUUUGCUUCAAGGAAAGAGAAGCAGGCACAGCUAGAAACACUCUAUAAGGAGCAAGGAGAAAAAUUGUCACAACUGCAGAUGAAAUAUAAAGAUCUGAAGAGGCAGCUUGCUGACAAGGAAUCGGCCCUGUCAGCAGCAGAACAAGAAAAACAAGAAGUGAAGUCCCAGCUUACAGAAGCACGAACAAUGUUGGAAGAGACAAAAUCCCGGCUGAAUUCUUCCUCUCAGGAUCUGGAGGCUGAAAGGAGGGCACGAGCUGCCGAAACCUCUGACCUGGCACAAAGACUGGAGAAAGUGACUGGAGAGAAACAAGCCAUAGAACUUGAUUUGAGCUCAAAGCUCUCAGCAUUGAAAGAACUGAAGAGAGCUGCCAAGCAGACAGCUGGAGAACUGGAGAAAAAUCAAAAGGAGAUAAUGGAUGCGCAGGCACAGCUGUCACAAACACGUCAACACCUUGAGCAGGCGAAGGAGAGUCAUGCAUCAGAAAAGGAAAACAUGCAGUCAGCCUUUGAAAAAGAGAAAUCUACAGCUCAUACCAGGCAGCAAGAGCUGGAGCAGGAGCUUGCUAGAAGAACUGAGGAGAGGAACAAGCUACAGCAAGAGAAGGAAGUGGAGGCAACAAAAUUGGCCGACCUUGAAAGUGAUUUGAGGGUCAAGGAGCAAGAGCUGGUGCAAGCUCGAACACAGGCAGAAGCAGAAAAGACUCAACUUUUGUCUGAAAGCAAAGAGCGUGAAGAACGCUUCAGAAGCAAAGAAGCAGAGCUGCUACAGAGAUCUUCUGACCUUGCUGAGCAGCUGGCAUCAUUGCAGGCAAGCCUGACAACAUCUGAAGAGAAGCAGAAAGAAGUUGUUGAAAAGCUGUCCCAGGUGGAGGCAGCCAGACUGAGCAUGGUGACUGAGAGGGACAAACUUCAGGCACAGCUGGGUGAGCUUCAAGCACAGCUUCAGCAGGAGACAGAGAACAUGAGAGAAGCAGCAGAACAGUCAACAGAACUGCUGGGGGAGAAGGAUAAGCUGAUUUAUGAGAAGGACUUAGAGAUACAGGCACUGGAAGCCAAACUGGAAAAGGAAGGCAUCAGGUUGGAGGAGAUGGAGCUGAAGCUGGCUCAGCGGUCAGAGGAGGUUGUGCAGAUGAGUGAGGAGCUUCAGAAACUCCGCCAACAGAAUGAGGAGAUGAACCACUCUUUCGACCAGCUCAGUGAGGUCAGGAAUGCCAUGAGUGCUCAGGUACUUAAUCUAGACCAGCAGCUGAAGAAGGUGACAGAUGACCUGAACACAGCUGAAACAGAGAGGGCCAGACUCCUGGAGGAACUGGGAACAACUCAGACAGUGCUGCAGGAGUCGCUGGUAGCAUGCCAGUCCUAUGAAGCAGAUACUAAUGCCUUGAAGGCAGCUUUAGCUGGGGAAAAGGACCAACGGCAACAGGAGGUCAAGGGCCUGCAAGAGGCCAUGGAGAUGUUGAUCAGCCAGAAACUGGAGAUCCAAAAUUCGAUGGAAAAACUGCAGACACAGUUGACAGCUGCAAAAGUAGAGCUGGAGAGAGUUCGUACUGAAAACAGCAGUAUACAAGAAAUGCUACGCGCUGAAAACUCAUCUCUGCAAGACAAAUUGGCAAAGGAGCAGAAGGAAAUGGAGAUAUUGCAGCGAGAGAGAGAUGAAGAGGCAACAAGAUCAGAGAUGCAGCUGUCUGUGUUGAGCGAGAACCUGACAACUGUCCGUGGAGACCUAACAUCUGCUACCCAGAAAGUAGAGGAGUUGAACAGGAUCAAUGAUGAGCUCAAGGGGGAGAAAUUAGAACUAGAAGCCAAGUUAGAGAACAGCAAUGAGGAGCGGCGGCUUUUGCUGGAGAGAUGCAUUGCCAGUGAGAGUGAAUGUGAGAAGUUGCAGGGCAAGGUGGCUGAGCACCGACGAAAACUGGACGACACUCAGGCUGCACUGCAGGAGCUUGGCCGAGAAAACCAAUCUUUGCAGAUCACUGCCACCAAGGUGAAGACUCGCAAGUGGACAUCAGAUGAAGAUGUGGAGGGCUGCCUGGCUUGUGGCAAAAGCUUUUCUGUAACUGUGAGAAAACAUCAUUGUCGCAAUUGUGGCUACAUCUUUUGCAACGACUGCUCAUCCAAGCAAGCCCAGGUUGCAGCAUCAAAAAAACCAGUGCGAGUCUGCGAUAAUUGCUUUGAGGAAAUUAAGAACCAGAGGUAACAUAAAUUCACCUUUAAUGGUCAGGAACUUUGGAGUUUCUGUGGGCAACAGUGUUGAUGGAGAUGGUGGUAGGUCAGUGCUUUUAAGCAAGCAGACAUUGAAACCUUUGAAGGGACAAAUGAGAUCAGUGAAUUAUGUACAUUGUGUGCAGUGGAUGUGAAGGACAUUCUGAUGAUCAUUCCGAUUUUUAUGUGAUAUGCAUGGUACUUUAGCGUGUAUGACUGAAUAUCUGUAAUAUUCUUUAUCUUAACAAUUAUGGGUUGUACUAAAGAUGAUUAUCACAUUUUGUCUUCCUGUAAAUUGUUGUGAUGGUGGGUGAGAGAGAGAGAGAGAAAGAAAUGCUCAGGAUUAGGUGCUAACAGAUAUGCAUGGAAACUUGUGAAAAAUAAUUCAUGGUUUUAUAAAAAUGUAUACAGUAUGCUAUGGAUUUUGUGAGCAUGUAAAAUGUAUAAAUUUAUUACUGAUUUUAUGAAUAAGUGUUAAUGUGUAAAAAUUAUUUCAGAUUUUGCAAUAAUGUUUGAGUCCAUCUGUUUUCUUCUCUUACUGACCUCAUGUUAUGUUUUCUAUGCAAACAGUGGUCGUCUUUGGUUCACAGUGUGUUGAAAACUGAGCUUAUAAGAACUCAAUUGUUUAUCUGAGCAGGAAAACUGAAAACUGUUUUCUUAUGAGAAGACAGAUGGGACUAAGAUUUGAAAAUGGGACAUAACCCAGGUCAUAGCAAGGUCUCCCCAUAAAAAGCUUAUAACAGAAAGGUCUCAGCAAGGAACAGGAAGAAGAGUUGUAGUGAAGUCUCAGCAAAGAACACAAUGAAUUGUAGUAAAGUAUCUCGGCAAAGAACACAAUGACUUGUAUGUAGUAAAGUGUCUUAGCAGAACGAGGAUGCUGUGUUUAUGAAUGAUUAGAUCAUCAGCAGCUUGCAUGCAUUGUGACAAUGAGAUUUGACACUGGUCUGAUUAGAUAGUACUUUUUAAGAUUUGUUACCUAAAGGUGAUUGUGUACAUUUUUCAGUGUUUAGAAUUAAUGGAGAACAAAGGAAACGAGAUCCCAAAAUAUAAAAAAAUAGUGCAAUUAAGUUACAAAUAAAAUGCUGAUAUAUCUUCUAGUCUCUUUCAUGCUGUAUGUAACCCAGACAAAGAAAUGCUAUCAACAUGUUAUGCAUACCGGUACUUUCUCACAGUAUGAUUGCAGCUGAUUUAAGGCAUUCACGAAUGCCUGUUUGUGCUUUUUUUUUUCAAUCAGAAACACGCGAGAUAUUUUCUUGAUGCAAUGAAUCUAUUUUUGUCUUUUGUUUUUAUGGACAGUUGUGUCAUGAACAGCCUGUGAUCUGUAGCAGACAUAAAUAUGUACAUAAAAAUCCACUAAUUAUCAUCUGAGAUCUGUUUUCAGCUACCUGUGUAGGACAGUUUGUUCCUUUCUUCAAUUUUAUUUCAAGCGAAAUGAGGAUUAAAAGACAAAGCUCUCCAGAAGUAAAUUCUUGCACCGGGCUUCUUUUAUUAUAUAAUUUUAUCCAGCCAGGGACAGGCCAAAUACUUAUAAACUUCACAACUUUUUGUGCCUGAUGGUUAGUGAGAUGCUGGGUAGUGUCUAUGUACAAAGUUUUUUUUUAAUCAUAGCAACUAGAAUGAGAUUAAACAAGUGAAUCAGGAGGGAAGUGUACAUGGGCAUGCAGUAAUAAUUAUAUGUAUAUAUAGUAAAAACAUAUAAUUUCAUACAGUUUUUGUGAUUUGUAACAGCCUGGUAGUUCCUAAAUACUAAAUUAAGAAUAUAUUAAAGAAAGUGAAUGUCCCACAUUAGUUUGAUUACUUGGUAUUUUGCACUUUAUUUCAUUUAGAUCUUUGGGUAUAUUUUUGUGAGUUAUUUUUCUUUUUGAUUUGUGGUUUUUUAAUAGAAAGGGUAAGAACUUAUUCUGGUUUGUCGAACCAAAUGUGGCAAGUGAGUUCGCUUUAUUUUUGUUACAGGAGGGAAUUUUUUUCCAUUUGUAAUCCUACAAUUCUUAUAGUUUUAAUGAUAGAGUUAUACCUGUUAAGCUAUAAUUGAAAUAUAAAUAUUUCUAGACAAGACGGCCUUUAUAUGGUAAGAUAUUGUAUAUCAUAAAUUUGUUUUGCAGUAGCCAGUUCUCCAUUUUUAAUCUUCAUCCAUACACUUCAUUUAUAUUUGUUAUGGUAGUAUGUAUUUGCUGAUGCUUGGAUAGUAUAAAUAGCAUGAUGUAAUACCGUUUCAGUGGUUGAAAGCUUUUGCUACUGACUGGACGAGCUGGACUAAUAGUUGUUUUGAAAAGCUUCUGCUUGAGAGUGUUCUGCUGUCUGAGGGAAGGAACUACUGCAUCCACACGUGAAAUGAAUUCUUUAUAAGGUUACCUUGAAAUUUAUUUCUUGCAUUACAUCAGAAAUGAGGUAAAGGCCCCAAAGUAAUGCUGUUGUGACUGUAAUGUUGCCGCUGAAAAGUAAAUUUGUGGUUAACUGAAAAUUACGGGCAAAAGGACAUUCACAUUAAAAGGGAGCAGAACUCCUAGUCAUGUCACAUCUCAUUCCACCAUGUAAAAUGCAUUUAAAAUAACUAUGUGCAAAUAACAUGCUGUCUCUGGUGAAGACGUUAAGGACUGCCUAAACAUCUCAUGACUCCAGAUUUUAGUGAACUGUUACUUGGCAUAAUGAAACAAAGGAUUUCCCUGGGGAUUUUGUUUUUAAGGGAAGAAUAUAUUGACUUGCUGUACAGUAGGUUGAGAAAAGGAUAAUAGAAUAUGACAGUUGUACACAGUCACAAUAAUAUAUGUUGAUUAUGAUGAUGAACAUGACAUUCAUUAAGACGUAGAUUGCAGGUGAAAAAUUUAAGCCUAUUUAUUUACUGAGCUUAUAUAUCUGUGCACUGUUAAGUGCAGUUUAUCUGUUUCCAGAAUAUUUCAUUUGCAUAAAUAUCAUUAUGUAUGCUUUAAGUUAAACACAGAUGCUGCUUUCUUAUUUCAAUUUGCAUAAUUUGUGUGCUCAUGUAUAAAAUAUGCACAUUUGUUAGGGUAUUUCAAAAGUGCAUACUCGAUGGUCAGCAAAUUUAUGUCGGCCUUUUUUGGCAGAAGUUGUAACUUCAGCUGUCCAUUUUACUGCUGUUAUUUUAUAAACAAUUUUAAGUGCAUCUUCAUAGAUUUGAUGUAAGCUUUUUUCAAACAGUGUGUUGAUAAUUUGAUUGUUGUAAGACCUCACAAGACAAUUAUCCUUAUGCAUUUUAGCUUUUGGGGAAAAACCCAGCGUGCAGAACUACUUCUCAUGUUGUGAAGUCAGUGUUGUGAGGCAAUGAAAAUGUCAUAAAUAUAUUUCAACCUUUUAUAAACCUGGAUUUUUCUUUUUAAACUGGCUUACUUAGUGGAGAUUAACGAUAAGAAUAGUGUAGCCCAGUGGACAGUGUACUUAACUGCAGAGCACAAAGUUGCUGUUGAGGUCUGCUCAGACUUGUAACUUGCCCAUGACCCUUUCUGUCGACCCAGCGGCUGCUCUGGAAGAAUGGGUUUCUUAUUUAUCAGGAGAGGCAAAGACUGUUGAAGGAAAGGUUUGGCUCUGCCUUCCAUAUGCCAUGCCCUAGUUAUAAUGAACCUUGUUCACUUUCCAUACAACCUUUAAACUGUGAGAUUUUACCUUUUCCACCUUUAGAGAAUGAGAAUUGGAUGGACGUAUUGGUGCUUAUUGUGGACCAAUACCAGUCUGGCUAAACCUGUUUCCCUUCCUUUAUUUACAAUAUAAAUGUUUCCUUGGUGCUCAGUGUCGUCUGCAUAGGUAGGGGUUAAUGUAGCACCACCGUCCAGCUUUUGAAAUGUUAUUUUAUCUUGGUUUGCUGAAACUUUGUGCUGCAUGAAAUGCUUGGGUGACAUAUUUGGUGUCGUCUUUCAUGAAAUGUAUUUGCUUACCCAUUUCAACCAUGUGUUGAUUCUUCCAAUGUGCCUUUUCCGUUAUUUCUUUCUACCCAGCCUCAAUCCUCUCCUCCUUGAUAGUGAUCUCUCCCUGGCCCACAUUUAUCUAUUAAUCUUGCUAGAAUUUUCUCCAAGUGUACUGUAAGCAUUAAUCUAAAGUAGAAUUAUUUGGUAAACAGAGAACUCUUUAUAAUCCCAAGGCUGUGGAUUUAUUUACUUGAUACUGGAUUUUCCUUUUGUCACAGUCAUUUGGCAAAGUUGCCAUACAGCUGCUCCCAUGUCCUUUUUAAUGUUGUACACACCAAUUCCUUAUUUUGAGCUUUGCCAAAACAAAUAUCUUAAGUAACAUAUCUAACAAGCUUAUACUAAUUAAGCAAGAACAUUUACUAACAAGGUCACAUGGUGAAUUUCUGGUGUAAAUGGUGUAACAUCUUUCCAUGAAACAUUAGGGAUGCAGAAAACUUGUCUUUAAAGGUCCUUAGACUAGAAAAGUUUCCUUCUGUUUAAGAUGUAAUGCAUUUAUACAGAUAUUCAAUAUAAAUAUGGUUUAUACAAAUUUCAUACCUACAUUUAUUUGCAGGUGUAUUGAUUCAUAUGUUGUUGAGCUUACCCAAAAUAUCAGGUAUAAAAAAUGUCAAAUGUUGAUUGUCUAACCAUUUGAACUCUCAAUAAACAAGAUGCAUUUUAAA